AUGAGCGUGGAUGCUUUGUGAAGCCCUGUGAUGGACCCUACGUUUUCCAAACGGAACACGGCGCUGAGAUUAGUUGACUUGGCAGGGGCUCACCACCAUCACCAUCAUCACCACCAUACCCCUCAGAGCGUGACAGGCUUCCCGGGGUUCAGCAGCCAUCCACACUCAAUGGCUCACGCGCACCCUGGGGAGAUUACUGCGGAACCCCGCCUGGGGCCGAGUCCAUUCGGGCCAGAACACAUGGGGCACUCCGCGGCCCUCAAAAUCAGCCCAGCCCAUCAUUAUCCCCACCACCAUCACCACCACAAUCAUCAUAUGGCAGGCCACAGUGAAGUGGUCUCCAGUCAAACGGGAGCUUUUGGCCCGGUGCAGGCAACGACGGUACCCUAUUCUAUGUCUCACACGGCCCAGGCGUUAUCCGCAGGUAGCUAUCCAGGACACUAUGGUCAUCACCCCGACGCUGGAAACCAUACCCUCUUCUCUGGACUCCAUCACGAUCAGCCAUCUAACGGAGCACCAGGUGGCCAAGCCUUGAAUGGUCAAAUAAGGUUAGGAAUACCUGGAGAAAUGUACGUUAGGUCUGAUCACUUGAGUCAAGUGGCAAGCUCAAGGGCUGAUCCGUUCUCCGCCUCGCCUUUACAUGGCUACGGUGGUCUGAAUCUGAACAUGAAUCUCAGCGCUCAUCACCACGGAGCCGGUGCCUUUUUCCGUUACAUGAGGCAGCCGAUAAAGCAAGAACUCAUUUGCAAGUGGCUGGAACCGGAGCACUCGCCGAAGAAACUUUGCUCCAAAACUUACAGCACUAUGCACGAGCUGGUAACGCAUGUGACAGUGGAGCAUGUCGGAGGACCCGAACAGGCAAACCAUAUAUGCUUUUGGGAAGAGUGUCCAAGGGAAGGAAAACCAUUUAAAGCCAAGUACAAACUUGUAAAUCAUAUUCGCGUGCACACCGGAGAGAAACCGUUUCCUUGUCCAUUCCCUGGAUGUGGAAAAGUAUUCGCAAGAUCUGAAAACCUUAAGAUUCACAAAAGAACACAUACAGGUGAAAAGCCCUUUAAAUGUGAGUUUGACGGAUGUGACAGACGUUUCGCCAAUAGCAGUGACCGGAAAAAGCACUCCCACGUGCACACCAGCGAUAAGCCUUACAACUGCAAAGUAAGAGGUUGUGACAAAUCUUACACACACCCGAGCUCACUAAGAAAACACAUGAAGGUGCACUGUAAGUCUCCACCACCAAGUUCAGGCUACGAAUCUUCAACUCCAUCAUUAGUGUCCCCCUCAUCGGACAUAGGCCGCGAGCCAGGGGCUUCAUCGCUCUCAGAACCCGUCGCGUCGUCACAGCCCGCCAAUCUUAGUGAGUGGUACGUUUGUCACAGUUCUGGAGCCAGUGGCACUCAUACACCACCCAGCGGUUCCUCCACACCUGACCCCUCAGAUGAACCACCUUACAGGAACCCUCAGUCAAGGGACGCCUUCUAACAGAUUCCGUUUUGAAAAUGCAGCAAACAUAAAUAUAUUUUCUAUUGG